AUGCCAGAGGAGAGUAACCUAAACUCCAAAGACAUCUCCACCACGAUGAAUAGAGAGAAUCUUAGGGAAAAGAUUAACGCUAAUAAAGACAAAAUUCCAGAACAUGUUUUAAAAGUCAUAGAAGAAGAGCUUACAAAACUGCAGAGUUUAGAAGCCACUUCAAGCGAUAAUGAUGCCACCUAUAACUACCUUGAUUGGUUGAUCGUUUUGCCUUGGGAAAAUUUCAGUUCUGAGAAUUUUGAUGUCCCACGUGCAAAAAAGAUUCUGGACGCUUUUGGAGCUAACAAACAUCAAAAUCAGGAACUGGAUAUUCAUAAACGUCUGGAGUUGACGCUGGGAUUGGUUGAAAAACAAGUGGAAAUUAACAAGAAGGAGAAAUAUCCACUUUGUGAAGUCGAUUGUGGCGAUUCCUCUAGCAAUUAUGAGUAUCUUGAAUGGUUGACCGUGUUGCCUUGGGGGAAUUUCAGUAAGGAGAAUUAUGAUGUCCUACGCGCUGAAAAGAUGCUUAACGAGGAACAUUACGGACUAUCCGAUGUAAAAGAAAGAAUACUAGAGUUUAUUGCUGUGGCAAGUCUUAGAGGCACUUCACAAGGGAAGAUCAUUUGUCUCUCGGGACCUCCUGGAGUAGGAAAAACAAGCAUUGGGCGUUCUAUUGCACGUGCUCUUGACCGCAAGUUCUUCAAGUUCUCUGUUGGAGGACUAGAUGAUGUUGACGAGAUUAAGGGUAAUCGUCGAACAUAUAGAGGUGCCUUGCCUGGCAAGAUGGUGCAAUGUCUAAAGAGCGUGGGAACAGAAAAUCCUCUUGUUCUCAUCGAUGAGAUUGAUAAGCUUGGACGUUGCCGCAGUGGAGACCCAGCGAAUGCGUUGUUGGACCUUCUCGAUCCACAACAGAAUGCAAAUUUUACAGACGACUAUCUCAAUGUGCCUAUUGACUUAUCAAAGGUUUUGUUUGUUUGCACAGCAAAUGAGACAGAUAAAAUUCCGGGUCCUCUGCUAGACAGAAUGGAGGUGAUUAAAAUCGCAGGGUAUCUGACUGAUGAGAAAAUGCAUAUUGCAAGACACCAUUUGGAGAAAACAACAUGCAGAGAUUGUGGGAUUAAGCCUGAACAGGUUGAUGCCAGCGAUGCAGCUCUUCGUUCGUUGAUAGAAAAUUACUGCAGAGAACCAGGAGUUAGAAAUCUCCAGAACCAUAUUGACAAGAUUUACCGCAAGAUUGCUCUCAAACUAGUACGAGAAGGAGCAUCACCGGAAACUCCUGCAGUUUCUGUUGAUGCUAGUGACACUUCUAAAUCUUCUUCGGCCAAGACCAAUUCAGAAUCCACUGGGAAUUUAAAAACUGAGCAGAGCGGAGCGGUAGCUGAAACAGUUGUAAAGGUUAUGAUUGAUGAAUCAAACCUUGCAGAAUAUGUAGGCAAACCAGUAUUCGACGCAGAGAAGAUCUACGAGAAGACACCAGUAGGGGUUGUAAUGGGUCUAGCUUGGACAUCCAUGGGUGGCUCACCAUUGUACAUAGAGACAACCUUUGUAGAAGAAGGAGAAGGCAAAGGUGAUCUUCGUGUAACGGGUCAGCUCGGGGACGUGAUGAAAGAAAGCGCAGAGAUAGCCCACACGGUCGCCACAAGGUUCUUGCUCGAGAAAGAACCCAAGAACCGGUUCUUUGCGAAUUCUAAGCUUCAUCUACAUGUUCCUGAUGGAGCCUCCUCUAAAGAUGGUCCAAGCGCAGGCUGCACAAUGAUCACUUCGUUGCUAUCACUUGCCAUGAAGAAGCCUGUGAGAAAAGAUCUUGCUAUGACCGGAGAAGUCACCCUAACCGGUAGAAUUCUUCAAAUUGGCGGCGUUAAGGAGAAGACUGUCGCUGCGAGACGGAGUCAAGUGAAGACUAUCAUAUUUCCAAAGGCUAACCGUCCAGAUGUUGAUGAGCUCCCGGAAAACAUGAAAGAAGGGCUUGGUGUUCAUUACGUCGAUGAAUAUGAGCAGAUUUUCGAGCUAGCCUUUGAGAACCACUUGGGAUCUCCUCUGUUAAAUAAUGGAAGGAAACUGAAAAGUCUCCUUUGGGAUCUCGUGUGUUCUUGUUUUCACUAA